AUGCGGCCUCAGAUAAUCCAGACUUUCCUUGAUUACCACCAUUCGUCCGCCUUCCCCGGCGGGGAAACUACUGCGGGAACACUUGAAUUCUGUCGGAUAGCUCCCGACCGCCAACCUGUGCAAAUCGAAGAUGUGCGCGAGAGAAAAGAAGAAUUCCGUCUGGACGUGCAUGGGUUUCAGUUUCUACGGCACGAAAGUCCCAGUUUCGCGUCUUUUCGAAACGAAGACCUAAACACCGUGGAGCAGGAAUCGGUGGAAAUUCUUCAACGAUUGACGGGCGCAACCAGCGUGCAAAUAUUCUCACGUUGGAUCCGCAAUCAGACGGACAAAGAAUUAUGCAAAAGGAUCGAUUCCUCCGAACCCGAUUCAUCGGUAGUCCCGCUUAACAUGCCGUCCCGGAGAGUGCACGUCGACCAAACCGAGGCGGACGCAUACCAAAAAUUAAAAGACAACAUGGCACCCGACCAGGUCGAGCGGGUUCUGCAAGGCCGCUGGGCCAUCAUCAACGUCUGGCGUCCAUUGAAGCCCGUCCCAUGCGACCCUCUCGCAGUAGCAGAUGCCCGAUCUGUACCUGACGAGGAUCUUUUUGAGGUCCAUCUUAGGAGACCACAAAACUUCCAAGGCACCUUAUAUAAUCCUAAGACCUCUCGACAGGGUAGUGGAACACUGUUUGGGAAGUAUGGACCGGGCCAUAAAUGGUACUACAUGUCGGAUAUGACCCAGUACGACAUCAUCUUGAUCAAAAUGUUUGACUCCAAAGAUGACGGCAAGACGGCGAGAAGAACACCCCACGCGGCAUUCAUUGACCCGCACACGAGCGAGGUACAGGCGGCACGAGAAAGUUUGGAGAUAAGAUGUUUGGUAUGCUAUGGGGAUGGGAUAUCCGGAUAA